AUGUGUCUGAAAGUAAAGUUUAGGCUCAAUCUCACCAGGCCAACUGUCCAUGAAGGGUCGAAGGCGAUAGUGCUUGUCAACUCGGCUUUGAAUGAAAUAGGCAUGCGAGACACGAUCAGGUACACAUGGGCUAAUCCUGCGUUUUCAAAACUUGUAAAGAACAGGAUGGUCUCCGUGGUAUUUUUAGUUGGCACAGAUAAUGCAAAUGAUUUGGUACGGAAAGAAUUGGCGACAGGAGACGAUAUACUACAAGUGGAUGUUUCCGAGUCUUAUGCAAAUCUUGUUUAUAAGGUACUUGCAGCUUACCUGUGGAUCCAUGAUAAUUAUCCAGAAAAAUUCGUGCUCAAGAUUGAUUCAGACACAGUUAUCUUGAUGGAUAAGAUUGAACCUCUUCUCGUGAAUUCUACUACCAAGAGCAUGCAGUGCUAUGCCAUCAUCAAGUCUAAACCACUACGAUGUGUUACCGAUCGGUGGUACGUCCCACAAUCUGUGUAUCCAGCGCAGUACUUCCCAGCUUACUGUAACGGUCCCGCAUAUUUGCUGAGUCCUGCUGCUCUGAAUGCUAUUCUUCAAGCUGCUCCGAAGGAGCAGGUGUUCGAAAUUGAAGAUGCAUUUUUUACGGGUGUGCUUGGCGGCAAAGUGGGUGUGAAGAUAGUAGGACACAGAGGAAUUUGGUUAGGAGAGAAAAAUUCUCAACCAUGUGUAGAUAAUCGUGGAACAGUGAUUGCUUAUCCUGUACAUAAUGCCAAUGCCAAGCGAAUAGCUCGAGCUUGGAGUCAUAUUCAAAAUCUCCGAUGUCGAUGGAUCUUUGAACAUUUCCUGCUUACGUACUUCCAUGGUGAUUGA